AUGCGCACUUUGAUAUGUCAACGCCAUCUUGCUAAUGAUGCUGCUGGUGGGCAGGUCGAUAGUGAAACGAAGAGUGCGCCUAGCGGGGCGGAUGUGUUCACACUGGACCCGGACACGCUCGAGUUGCGCAGCACAGCCCGCAUCGUCGACGACGGUGUGCCGUUGGAGAUGCUGAACGAGCUGGAGGUGGUCGACGGUGAGCUCUGGGCCAACUUGUACGGUAGCGACUGCCUGGCGCGCAUAUCCUUAGAUGGAUCAUGGUCUGUGCUGGGCUGGGUGGUGCUCUCGGACAUCAUGGACCGCCGCCAGGCCUUUGAAGCAGCCGUGCGGGCUCGACGGGAUCCGCCAGACCGGCUUGAACGGCAUCGCCUGGAGCUCCGAGGAGCGGCGCCUCUUCGUCACGGGCAAGUUGUGGCCGCGGCUCUACGAGAUCGAAGUGGCGCCACGGAGUAG